CGCCACCAUGGGGAAGUCGGAUUUCCUGAGCCCUAAGGCCAUCGCCAACCGCAUCAAGUCCAAGGGGCUGCAGAAGCUGCGCUGGUACUGCCAGAUGUGCCAGAAGCAGUGCCGCGACGAGAAUGGCUUCAAAUGUCAUUGCAUGUCCGAGUCCCACCAGAGGCAAUUGCUGCUGGCUUCUGAAAAUCCUCAGCAAUUCUUGAAUUAUUUCUCUGAGGAAUUCCGAAAUGAUUUCCUAGAAUUGCUCAGGAGGCGAUUUGGAACGAAGAGAGUCCAUAAUAAUAUUGUGUACAAUGAAUAUAUCAGUCAUCGAGAACACAUCCACAUGAAUGCUACACAGUGGGAGACACUGACUGAUUUUACCAAAUGGUUGGGUAGAGAAGGUCUUUGUAAGGUUGAUGAGACUCCAAAGGGCUGGUAUAUCCAGUAUACUGAUAGGGAUCCAGAGACUAUCCGCAGGCAGCAAGAACUAGAGAGGAAGAAGAAACAAGACCUUGAUGAUGAAGAAAAAACUGCUAAAUUCAUUGAAAAACAAGUUAGAAGAGGUUUGGAGGGCAAGGAACUGGAAGCACCAGUCUAUACUGAGCUAAACAGGGAAAGUGAAGAAGAAAAAGUUGCAUUUAAUUUAAACAAAGGAGCGAGUACUUCAAUAGCAGCAUCUUCUAAAACAAGCAGUGUCCUUGGACCAAAUGCACUGAAGACAGUGGAAGGGGCAGUUAAAAGAAAGGAAUCUUCUCAUAGCUCUGGUCAGUCCAAAGAGAAAAAGAAGAAAUCCGCACUGGAUGAGAUUAUGGAGCUUGAAGAAGAGAAGAAAAGGACAGCUCGAACAGACUACUGGUUACAGCCUGAAAUCAUCGUAAAAAUUGUAACAAAAAAGCUUGGAGAGAAGUACCACAAGAAGAAGGCAGUCGUUAAGGAAGUCAUUGACAAAUAUACAGCAGUUGUGAAGAUGAUUGAUUCUGGAGACAAACUGAAGCUUGAUCAGACGCACCUGGAGACUGUAAUACCAGCACCAGGCAAGAAAGUUUUGGUAUUAAAUGGUGGUUACAGAGGAAAUGAAGGCAUCUUGGAAUCUAUCAAUGAAAAGACCUUUUCAGCCACUAUCACUAUUGAUUCUGGACCCUUAAAAGGUCGCCGAGUAGAAGGUAUCCUGUAUGAAGACAUUUCCAAACUCGCCUGAGGUGCUAAUUGUGGAUGAGGGAUGAUUUGGUUCCCCCAGAACAACAUUCUGGCAUCCUGCAGGCAGACACAAGACUCUACCAUGUCAGGGUUUUAAGUGUAUGUAUGUGUAUUUAUAAUGUAUAUAGAAAUUAAUCACAAACAAAAUGGAUUUAUUUAAAGACCACUAUAAAUUGCUAUAUAAAAUAUUUGUGGAAAUCUUAUCAGUGGAAGUAUUUGAUCUGAUUCUAUAUCAAACUUAUGCUAGAGUAUUUGAUUAAACUUCCUUUUGUAAAAUGUAGCAGAUAGCUGUAAGCUGGAGUAUUUUAUUUAGUAACUACGUUAGAAAUCUUUAAAAAAGGAGAAUGACCUACAAACAGCUCCUUGAGGCAGGCAGAGUGUGUUGGAGCCAGUGGAGUUCUAAACAACACAUUUUUCAGUCUGUGGCCAAAGUUGAGUUUUGGCUGUAGGAACAAGGGAAGGGAUUAAGAGAAUAGCAGGAAGGUAACAGCACUGCAGGGGAUUU